UGCGUUACUGUCACAAACAAUUUAUAUAAAUAAAUAGUCGCAAAUGAAUAUAAUAAAUAUUACAAUAAAAUAAAUGGCUACAUUAAUGGAUUUGCCUUUAAACGAUGUAUCAUUAGUAUGUCGCAGUUGUCUAGCCGCUUCUGGUGAUAUGAAAAAUAUGACGGAAUGGGGAUACGCUGAAGAUUUUUAUAAAUUAACCAACAUACAGAUAAAUCGAUCGGAUAAUAUAACGGAACUGCUCUGCACCAGUUGCGAGGGUCUGGUUCUGAACUAUAGGAGUUUUGUGCAACAAUGUCGCCAGUCCGAUCGCUUGCUGAAAGAUAUGAGGCAAAAAUCACUUACACCGAACACCAAAAAGGACGUAGAAGAGAACUCAAUAGCAUUGGAAAUAAAUGAAAAUGAAUUAACAUUUAAAAUAACAGCCCCGGACAUGGAGUCAAAACUAUACUUACCAUGCAACCAGUGUCGCGACACAUUUGUGAAGAAGAACGACUUGAUCAGCCACAUGGCGAAGAAACACAAUACUCAUGGCAAUAUAAUUAUAAAUAUGAAGUUUUUUUGUUCGUUUCCCGAUUGUCCCUACAAUGUUCUAUCCGGUAAAGACAAAUACUUUUCCGGCAGGAAGUAUCUCAAUCAGCACAUUUUCAAAGUCCACAAGGCUAAAAACUUGUUAUGUCACAAUUGUGACCUAACAUUCAGCAGCGAUCAGGACUUCAGACGACACCUGAAGACCUGCAACUACAUCUACAUCUGCAAAGUCUGCGACAUACAGUAUAAGACGAACGAAAAGCUACUUGUACACUUACUGAGGAAACAUCCAGAUUUGCACAAACAGUACAAGAUUGAGCGGAAAGCGGAGAAGCGGAAGAUUGAAAUUGAAGAACCAAAGAAGUUAAGGGCCCACAACGAAAAUCCCGAACUGACAUGCGAUAGUCCCAAGCGGUCAUUCGCGACACAGACGUUCGAAUUAAAGAGGCAGAUAAAAAACGAUGUGACGUUGCCCUCGUGGCUGGCCGACAAACAGGAUGAAACCAAAAAAGACGAAAUAUCCACUCAAACUGUGUUCGAAGAUAUCCUGUCUGUUAAAUCACAGAACAGUGAGGACGAUCUUUUCUUCUCGGAGACGGUAUCACUAUCUGAUAUCCAGACUCAGACGAUUCCCUUGGAAUUUGGACUCAGUAGAUCAAACAAGCAAACGAUCACCUCAGAGACUCAGUCCCCAGAUCUGAGCAUGAAGGAAACUCAAACCUGCCUCUGCUUAUAUGAAACUCACAAACCGAAUAGAUGCCUUGAGGGCAUUCCGUCAAAUUCCAAUAGCAAUUUCUGUACACUCACGAGCACUGAAACACAGACUCAUAGAUUUCAUAGUCAAGAUAGUGAUUCGUUGAUGAGUUUCACUUCCACCGAAACUCAAACCUGCUUCGACGAUUUGAACAAAUUAUGACAUUGGUUUUAACUUUUUUUUUUGUAUAUUUGGACGAUAUGGUCGUGUAGUGAUGACAAUCCAGGAUUACUUAAUCCGUGUGAUAAUUUACUUAUUUUUAUGACAGUUAUUAUAGAUUUAAGUACAAAAAUUAUAUAAAUAAUAAUAUGUAAUGUAUUUAAUUUAUAGGUUAAGUUUAAAUUAAGAUUAUUAAAAUAUAAAACAAA